AUGUCAUAAUCCUCCACUUUAAAAUUUUCAUCGUGCUAUUCAAUAAGUUGGCCACCCUCAUCAACAUUGCUCGGUGCGUAAGAACUAUGCGCAGCGUCAUUAGUAUUUGCGAAUUCGGUGCAGUUACAUCGCGAGUCUUGUGCAAAUAACAAAAAGGUAAAAAUGAUUAGCAAGCGUCAUCUUAAACGUUUAGUAAAAAAACAAAAAAGUGAAAUUAAUAAAAAAAUUGAUGAAAAUCGUUGGAAAAAUAUGUGCUGUGUACUAAUGGGAAAUGAAAAUAGUGAAAAUGCGAGAAGAAUAGCUGAAUCUGGUAGUGAGAGUGUAAAUGGUGAGAAUAGAAUUGUAGAAUUGGAGCCGAAGACGCUUGAAUCCAAGCUAAAAUAUUGGUUCCAGGAAUUUACACCUUCGUUUCGUUGUUGCGCGAGCUUAUUAAAUAUUUUAAAAAGCGAAAACCUGAAUGUGCCUCUAAGUGUUGGGUCUUUGUUAGAUCACCCCGAAAAAUGUGUAGCGCCCACCGCUUCCAUAUUGGCGUAAAAAUACAAUUGAAAAAAUUAGCAAAUGAAAUUCUUCAGGAAAAUCCAACUGCAGUUCAAUUACAUAUAGGAAUUGACGGUUUACCCUUGUUUAAGAGCUCGCAGGUUACUUUGUGGCCAAUUUUGGGUCGAGUUGCCAAUAUUAGGUGUAAAACAGUGUUUUUAAUUGGAUGCUACGUUGGUAAAAAGAAGCCUUAUAAUAUUGAAGUUUACCUUCAGGAUUUUGUAGAGGAAAUCAAGGGACUAUCGGUUGAUGGUAUUUCACUCAACAAUGUAAGCUAUAAAGUUGUAAUUCGAGGGAAUUUCUGCAUCCAAAAGACUUUUUCGCAACACCUGUUCCUUCCUGGGACCUUGGAAUCAGUGUCGUAAGUACUGCAAGCUGUGGCCCAGAAGAUAUAUAUAAUAUACAAGAUAUUCACUGCAAAUUAGUAGGUCUACCGUUUAAAGAAAAUAUUAUUUUGUUACCAUUAGUGCACAGCUACAUAUAAUUCUUAUAAACAUAUUUCAAAUUUCCUGCAAGAGUUUUUGAUUAUGACACUCUUGCAACAAAUGUGCGAUAUAUAUAAUACAUAUAUAUUAUUAAAAAUUAAUGAAUAUAACUUUAAAUAAAUUGAGAUUGACUGAUUGAUAUUACAAGCAAACGCAUAAUAUGGCUGAAAUUAAAAAAUUGACGAAAUAAUUUGCUGAGUUACAAGAAUCACUAUUGGAACAAACCAGGCAAAUACAGUCAUGGAGAAAAACUUUAUGUUGGAAAACUUAAACUCGGAAAUAGCUGCAAUGAAAGAUUCCAAUAAAAACGACAUGGAGGUACUGAAAAACGUCUUAUCUGAGCAAGUCGUACUAUUAAAAAAGGUGGCGCAAGACUUAUUUCCAAGCGAUAAGUAUUCUGCAAUUUUCCCUAUAACAAUCCAACAUGAUUUGGAUGACGUAGAAGAUUCAAUCACCGCAGAAAGUCACGAUCAAAUGAUUUCUAGCGUAUUUAAUUUAAUUAAAUCUGGGGGACUAAAAUCCAACAUACGCUCAAUUUUUGCUGAGAAAAUUGUAAUGAAUUACAAUUUUGAGGGAAGGCAGCGGAAAAAAUCUUUAAAAGCGUAUCCAAAGCUGAUGGAUAUUUUAUUUCGAGCUUCACAAAAGCUGGGGAAAGACCAAAAAGAAUUCGAGGCAGAUCUUAAAUUUGGUUUGAAAGCUGUGAAAAAUAAGUACCAUAAAGCCAAUACUCUAAGGAGAAAACUUCAGCACAAUAAAAACAACGAGAAAGAGGAAAUUGAAGAAGACGAAGAAAACGAAGAAUCAUAUAGUUCGGAGUAA